UCUUGUAUUCUUCUAAAAUAAACAGUAGAGAAGGAGUAGACUAGAAUAAUUCUUAACCUCUGAUGUGCAUGUGGAUAUUGAUAUUAAUAUUUUGUGAAUUAAAAAGAAGUUUAUGUGUUUUAUUAGAAGUCAGUAGUAUAUUCUAUUAUAAUAUAUGUGUGAUUUUGAGUAAUUAUAUGAGUCUGGCCUCAGUUAAUACUAGAAAGAAAUGGAUCUUAUGUAAAAAAGUCAAUCCUGAACUCUCGAGUGAAGUAAAAAUAGGUUAGGCUUUAUAAAGACUAUGUGCGUUCAUCUUACUUUCUGGUGUUAGUGUUUCAGUAAACAUAUUUAAGACAAUUAUUUUAAGAUGGCUGGGUCUAGUACUUUCAGUCGGCUUUUAAUUGUGAAUGGUCACCCAUAUAUUAUGAAAGAUGAAAUAGGCUUGAAUCCAGUACAGAGUUUUGGUUCUGACAUCUUACAACAAGCAAUAGAUGAUGUUACAACAACAGGUUCGAUUUCACCUGGUGUAGAUAGUAAUAACAUAAGUAUAAUUAAUCCUGAUCAAACUUUAAAUGUUAAUGGUUCAGGAAGAAAUGAAUAUGUAGCUGUAUUAUCAAAUGACCAAAAUCCUGAAGAAACAUCAACAAUCAGCCUCACAUUAGAACAAGCAGCAGAACUAGGUUUACAUGUUGCUGUGGAUAGUAUUAAUCAAAAUCUAGAACCAAAUUCAAACCUAAAGGAAGUUGACAUUUCUUCUGGAAGUAACCAGUACAUACAUCAUGUUGCAAAAUCUGAUGAAUCAAAUGAGACAGACUGUAUAAAAUUAGAUUCACAUCUUUGCAGUUUCACUCAGAAUGUGUUGCAUGAGGAUAACCCAAAUGAUUCAUUUUUAGACACUUUUAAUACAGUGAGUUUGUCUAAAGAUCAACAGAUUACUCUUGUGCCUAAUAUUGUCAAUGGUUCUGUUACUUAUACUCUUCAACUAUCAAAUCAAAAUAUAACAGAACUAGAAAACAGUGAAUUUUUUAGAUUAGGAGAUAGUUCUUCUGUUGGAGCUCAAAAUUCAGUUGAGAGUGGUUUAAAAUUGGAUUUGGAUAAUCUUGCUACGUCCUCUGACUUACACUUUAUCAAUUCUCCAGUAGAUAUUGUUUCUAAUAAAACUGUUGACAAUUCAGCUCAAAGUGACAUGGGUAAUAGUAAUUCUAAUCAGACUUACGGCCUUGUAUCAUGUAACUCUGAGAAUGUUACAUUUUUGAGUUUAUCUGAUGCAAUUCCAGUUAGUACAAAUAUUUCCGAUAUUGUAACACAUGUUAAUAAUGUAUCAGUAACACAACAGUCUAAACUAGUUGAUAAAGCACCUUGCCGCUCUACAGAUAUAUCAAAACAGAAGCUGUUUGUAACUCGAAGUGGGGAAUCUCUGUUGUUGAAACAAAGAAAUGCUGAUGUUUGUCAAAAUGGAAUAAGUAAUAAAAAUCCACAGCUUCCAAAGAGUAAGACCAAACAAAUCUUGAGUAGACCAAACCAAGUUUCUACUUUACCAUCCAAAGGAGUUAAUGAGUCUUUAAAUUGUCAGUUAAACAUUCCAGUUGAGCCAACAAUAGCUAAUGAUAAAGAUUUCUCUUCUUUCUUAAAAAGUAAUAACACAGAUAAACCCGAUACGUUACCGCCUGAAGUUGAAUAUGUUGCUUCCUCGAAGCAAAGUGAAAUAAGUGUUGAUAAUAGAACAGAGAUAGCAGCUGAUGGAAAAGUUGCACCAACCAUUAUCAUUCCCAGAAAGGGGGAUGUUCCAAAGGAGGUUUCUGUUGCUUUGAGUCGUAUACCAAUAAAAACUGACAGCAAGAAACCUUUAGGUUCCAAUGAAAAUCCUAUACAACUUGUCCAGCAGGGAAGCACUUUUCACAGUAUGCAAGCUUUGACUGAAGAUCAUAUUUCAAAGAUCAAACCAAUUCUGCAAGAAAAUUUUGACUCUAGAGUCCCAAGCAAAAAUGUUGUGUAUGAUCCAACUAGCAACACAAGAAUAAUUUACAGGAUUAUAAGCCCUGCGGAGGUAUCACUGCGCAAACAGGAUGAGUUCCCCAGGCGGAGGGGUAGACCUAAGAAGAUACGGACAGCUGAGAGUCAACCAGAGGAGUGUGGAGAAGGUGUCCCUCCACCUAAAAAAGCUUUUCCUAGAACAAGGUCAGGGAGAUUAUCCCGACCACCAAAACACAUGGUUCGAGACUACAAACACAUCCGUCGAGCAGAACUAGAUGACUCUGACGGAGCCUACUCUGAUUAUCAAAGUGACCACGAGGAAGAACUAGCCCCCUCUCUUGACACCGCACCUGUGGAUUUAUUACCUGGAUUGGUUGCAAAGAGGAAGAAUCACAAACGCAAUAUCUCUGCAGAUAAUCUAUGUCCAACAUGUGGAAAAAUUUAUUUGGGCUAUGUACGGAUGAAGAGACACUUUGACAAGUACCCUGAUCAUGGUAGCAUUGAAUAUCUCAACUCAGUACGCAACUCUCAGCCUGAUUCUGAAGCUGAAAGUGGUGCACACUUGCUGUGGAAAAAACGAAUGGGCAGGAAAAAAGGAAGAGGGAAAAACAACUUCUUCAUGACAGCAGACAAACGUACAAGACUAAAAGAGGCUUUAGACUGGUGUCAGAGUAAGGAGGUUGCUGAGAUUGCAGGUCCAGCAGUCGCCAGUGUGUUAUCUCUGUGGGAGCUGCUCAUGUUGAGGGUGGACUGUGUCAAGCAGGAUAGCCGUGUGGCUGCUCUAUACAAUGAGCUAUGUCAACUGCUGUGCAAACUUCGCCAGAUGGCACAUCGACUCUUCCGGCCGUUAGAUCACCCUCUCCCACCAGGCACUAAGCAUGUUACUGUCCAGGUUGAAGAUGAGAUCAUGACAGGACUCCUUGAUCUUCCUUGUGGAAUCUACCUGGCAUCUGAUGAAGAUCUUAAUGAAAACAUUUCUACUCCUACCAUUCAGGAACAUUCCUUAAACGAACCACAGAUGCCAUUAUCACCAACUGUACCUGUACCGAUACCUGUGAUUGACAAGAAAGAAACAGAAAAACCUGCCAAAAUGGACAUAGAUGAAGUGCCUCAACCAUUUCUUCUUAAUACUGAAGAGAUGAUCUGUGACACUGAUGAUAGGAGUCUUGUAAAUGUGGAUGAGAUUGUGAGUGAACGACUACAAAACUUUACAGGUAGUCAAUCUUCAACUGUAGAUGAAUUAAUGAAAGGGCUCAAUGAAUUAGAUCAAAGAAGUAAACUCGAGACAGAUGAUCUGAUGGAAGGCUUCUCGAUCGUGUCUCGAAGAACACAUGUGUCAGCUUCAACUGAAGAUUUGAUGAAAAGUUUGGAACAUUUUGAAUCUCACUUGAAUCAUGCUGAUGCGCCUAGUUCUUUAGAUAGAGACACUUUUGACAGGGUUUCAAAUGUGGAUACAUUAGACUUUGAGGUUUUAAGUAGAGAAUUUCAUUCAAAUAAUAGGUAAAAUUGUUCUACUUUAUAAUGAUUUAUUCAAUUUUAAAACGUAAAUGAUGAACAGCUUGAAAAGGCAAUAAAUUGUGCUAGUAUGCAAUACAACUAAUCAGUGUUUGCUUUUUAUGGUAUAGGUCUAAUUAUUGUUUUAUAUUUAAUUAGUCAUGAAGAGCUUAGUUAAUAUAAGAUUUCUUAGAAAGUUUACAGUAAAAAGUUCACAAACUUGUAAUUUAAUUGAUUAAUACAUUUUUUUUUUUAAUAAGGAAAAUGGAAUCUCUAUGUUAAUCCAAGAAACUAUAAUCUGACCUCAAUUCAAAAAUGUAAUUUGGAAUUCUAUCGUAAUUAAUUUUAAAAGUUUUGACUAAAGUGGGAAAACAUGGGGCAAAGCUGUCCUGUUUAUAAACUAGAAACUUAAAAAAAUAUUUUUUCCAAGUCUCAUUAAUAUUAAUUUGUAUAUCUUAUACUUUGUGACCAUUUAUUGUUUGAGCUCAAAAGAAAUCAUAGUAAUCCAAGUAAAUAGUGAGAUUUUUCCAAAUACGUUUCUGUUAAUAUUAUUUUAUUACCAUUUAUUUAUUGAAUGUGUUUUAUUGUUAUUAUGUUUUUAAUAAAACAUAUUUUGUUUUCACAUUUUUAUUUUUUAUUGUAAACUAUAUGUUUAAAACUAAAAUGCAGAUUUUAAAUAAAGUAGCAAAUUUAAUGUUACACGUAACAAUGUUAGCUUAAAUAAAAUUUAAGUAAGAAUAUGUAACAUUAGUAUAAAGAAUUGCUUACUUUGCUGCCUUAUAAAUAAAAUAAAAUAAGCACAAGUUUUGAUUCAGUAAAAAUAAUUAUUGUCUCUAUCUGUGAGUAAUAUCUUUGUACAUGAUGAAUAUUAAAUAUUAAUAUGGAAAGAAUGUUAAUCUGAAAAGUGUUUGCCAUGUACGCCAGUGUUAUAUUUAUUAUGGUUUCUAAAGGCAGGAAUCAACAAUAAAACCAGAUAUAUCUUGA